AUGCCUGGGGCUAAACUUGCCCAGAGUCCAGAGGAAAAGGAUGUCUACAUUACUGAGGCCCUUAUUACUGAGCGGAACUUGACCUACCCUGAGGAUGAAGAUCUGUCAGAGAAGAUGUUUCACACCCUUGCUGAGCUGCAGAUUGUCCGCCUGGACCGGGAGGGGAUUACCACUAUCAAGAACUUAGAGAGUCUCCAGAAUCUUCACAGUCUUUAUCUACAAGCGAAUAAGAUCCAGCGAAUUGAGAACCUGGCUUGCAUCCCUUCCUUGCGUUUCCUGUCUCUAGCAGGAAAUAGAAUCAGGCACGUGGAAAACCUCCUCAACCUCCCAUACCUCCAGUUUCUGGACCUCUCUGAGAACCUGAUAGAAACGCUGAAGCCAGAUGAGCUCCCCCAGAGCCUCCUCAUCCUCAACCUGACUGGCAACAGCUGCACCAAGCAGAAGUGCUACAGGGAGAUGGUGCUAGGAGCCCUGCCACUGCUCCUGGACCUGGAUGGGCAGCCUGUGUCGGAGCGCUGGGCCUCAGAUGAGGAGGACAAAGCCUCUGAUGGUGACGAUGAGUUCCCGGAGCUGAGUGGCCCAUUCUGUUCAGAGCGAGGCUUCCUCAAGGAGCUGGAGCAGCUGAGCAGACACCAGGAGCGCAGGCAGCAGGAGGCCUUGGCAGAGCACCUUCUGAGGAUGGAGAUCCAGCCCACCCUUACUGAGCUGCCCCUGCAGCACGAGGUGCCCGAGGCUGGGGAGAGCAGCCCUUCUGUCACUCCAGAGCAAGGAAAGGAGUCACCCCCUGAGGCUGCCUCUUCACUCCAAGCCUCAUCUCCCACCAAGAAACCAUGCACUCUGGUUCCCAGGGCCCAGCCAAGCUCUGUCCAGGCAAGGAAGGGGGCCCCAGCAGCAGCAGCCCCCAAAGCCUCUCUGGUUGGGUCCCUUAGCACAACCAAAACUGCAACCAAAAAUACCAAGAAGUGA